UACUCGCGAGUGCGCAUGCUUGUUAGACUGUAGUGUCCUUUCUCUGCCAUAGCUCGCAUAGCAUCGUAGACGGCCAUGUUGCGAUAAUCUUUUAAGCAAAAGGGGGGGCUAAAGAAAAAAAGACACACAAGUCGUCGAAUUUUACCUCUUUAACAACGGCAUAAACUCAAAAAAAUCCCCAUGACAUCUGGCAAUUAAGACGCCCUCCAGUACACGAAUGGCUGCGAGCGGAAAAGAUGAUGAAUUUGACCAGUUUGACAAACCUGGAGCAGAGAGGUCAAGAAGGAGGAGAACUGGAGAUGAAGACUUUGAUAGUGAUCUUGAAUAUGAAUUACUUGAUGAUGACUGGCUAUCUAGUAAAAAGAAUCAGUCUGAUUUGUCAGAUGAAGAGCUGAAUGAUGACCUGUUGCAAAGUGACGAAGAAGAUCAAAACAUUAGUUCGGAAGGAGUUGUAGUCAGCUUAAAUGCCACAACUGGCCUGGUUAGCUCAUUUGAUUAUGGUAAAAGUGACAAUGAGCAAGUCUUAGAAGACUCUUCUUAUGAGCAGGAAGGCAAUGACAACCUUACAGUUGAAAACUAUGAAGGUGGUGAAGAUUUGGAGGGAGAGGAGUCUUAUUCUCAGGACGUAUAUGCUGAGCAUUAUGAAAUUGAUGAUGCAGAUCUGGAGGAAAACCAACUAGGAUACUUGGCAGAACAAGCUGAGGAGGAAAUUUACAACGAUGAAGUGCUAGACAUUGAAAUCAAUGAUCCACUAGAUGAUGAAUUUCAAGAAGACGACUAUUCACAGGCCUACACUGAGCAGAGCUCUGCUUUACUUGACCAUUGUGAUGCUAUGCAAGAAGAAGUUGAAGAGAAUCUGCAACAUGCCGAAAGUCGCUUUGAAGCUGAAGAAGGUGAAAAAGAAGCAGAGCAAGACUACCAAGGCAAAGAUGAGUCUGAUGAGGAAGAUGAAGAUGAUGGGGAAUCAGAACGACUCAGGUUUAAAACUGAAAGAAAAGACGCAACUGUUAUUCGACUUUCUGAUGCUGCAACCAAGAGAAGAAAUAUUCCAGAAACACUGGAACUUUCUGAAGAAGCAAAAGCAGCACUGCAGGAAUUUGAAGAAAAAGAAAAGCAGCGCAAACAAGGACGGCUUGGAGGAAGAAUAAGGGGGCGGGGAAGAGGAAGAGGAAAUUUCUUCUUUUAUGGGCCGAGCACGUUAAGGAAAGAUGUUGGCGAUAGAGGAAGAUUAAAUGAGCAUAGACCUCCUCUGAUGCCCCUGCCUUUACCGAUGCAGCACCAUCAUCCUAGAAUGCCCCACCAAUAUCACCUUCAAAAUUUCCAGGAGAGAGAAUUACAGAGACCACCAGUUCAACCUUUAAUUCAUUCUCAUCCACCCCAUCGAUCCUCCCCUACCCAGGCAACUCACACUCGCCCCCAAGGAGAUGGAUCCCGCAUUAUGAGCCCCCCACAGUCUGCACAUUCCCCAAAGCAGCCAAAGAAUAUUCAUAUAAAUCCACACUUCAGAGGGCCGGUUUCCUCUUCCAUGCAAGUGCCCUUGAUGCCUGUACAAAGUCAGCCCAGGCCUGCUGUGGUUCCCCAGAGAUUUCCGGGGGCACCAGAAUUUCAGCCACAUGUACCUGUAAACUUCAAUCAGCCACCACGGCACCAUCAUCCAGAACCUUGGAGACCACCACCGCCACCACCACCACCACCACCAUCAGCACCUACUCAGGAAAGAGAUCCGUUUUUUAUUGGAGAUCAAAGAUUUCCAGGACAGCAUAUUUAUGAUCAGAAUCCUCCUUCCCUUAUGAGUAACAACCAUACUACACCUGGUCCAGCUCCUAUGGCUUUCAACCAACCAGGUCCAGGAUUUCACCAGCAGGGACAACCAUCUAUAUUCCAAAGAGAAGGACCGAUUAGAUCUAAUCUUCACCCUUCUGGCCCCAUGGGCUUACCUCAUUUUAGUCAGCCUGGAAUGGCUACACCUCGUCCUUUCAUUCCUCACCGACAGCAGUUUCCCCAAGGCCCUAGUCAGCCAUUUCCACCUCCCCACUUACAGCUUGGUAUGCAAGUACGACACAGAGGACCCAUGCAGCCUCCAAAUCCUCUGCCUCCUUCUCCACACUCUCAGCCUCAGCACCAUGAACCCCAGAAUUCUCCACAUCACCCACCGCACUCACAUUCACAACAGCAGCCCCUUCAUCUUCAGCAUCAGUUACAUCAUCACCACUCAAAUCAGCCCGGGCCACUUCGUGCCCGUCUUCUGAACAUGCAGCCUCCAUUUAGACCACAGCUGCAAAACAUCCAGCAACAAAAACCUCCAAGAAUGCAGCGUCCAAUACAACGCACUGGGACCAUUAGACCAAGAUUGAGUGCACCUCCUCAAAAUGUGAAUAAGCUUCAAAACCAGCAAGUCCAAGCAAUGCCUCAGCGCAACAGCAAUUUGCGUGAGCUCCCUGAAGCACCAGCUAAUGUAAACCUUAACAGUAGCCGUCCAAUCCCUACACCUGCAGUGCUGGAGAAACCUGUUACCAGACUCAUGCAGAAUGCCAGGGCAGAGUCUUCUAAGGCACUGCUGGUUUCCAAUUCUCUGCCUGGUUCUGUUGCCCAGUCUGAACCUGUAGUGGCAGCUCGCUGUGUUGAGCACAAGGUUGAAAAGGAAACGCCAUCAAGUCAACCUGAUCCUCCUCCAAAAGCAGAAGAAGCAACAUUAUGGAGGGAAGAGGUUUUAAGAAGAAAAGAGUUUAGACGUCAGAUGCAAGCAGGUAAAAGGAAGAAGGAGUUGAUGGAACGGAUGUCAACACAGCAACAACUGUUGCCAGCACUUGCUUCUGUAUUGCCACUGCCAGAUAAACAAGUGCAACAAACAAAUCUGUUGCAAGCACCUACUAAUGGCAUUCACCAACCACCUCAGGUUACAGCCAUUGCUGCUCCAUCCAAGCCCAAUAUUAAGAACCGAUUACAGAUGAAAAACCAGUCACCCAUCAUUCCCAACAUGCAACAAAAUACAAGGCCCAUACAAGGCAACCCAAAUCUACAGAUCCAGCGGCAGCAACGGAAAAACGUACUUCAGUCUACUCCAGCACAGAAUUCCCAAACCCAGAAUAAAGCCUUGAGUCUGAUGUCAGGGAUCGAAAAAUCACAGAGUACCCAUGGUGUUGCUGGGCAAAGCAGACCCCAGGAGUCAAGGCUCAGCAUGAAAAGAACAGUAAUGCAACGGAGUAAUAACAUGGGUAGUGUUGAUGACCAGCAUGGCACUCAGAAAGUCAGGGUUUUCACGGCCUUUGGAGGGGGUCCAGAGACAGUUUUAGAAGCUAAUCCAGUGAUGCAGUCACCAAGGUUCCAACAAUUUCAACAGCAAAGGCAGCAGUCUGGCCGGAAAGUAACUUUGGGAAAGACAGCAUUCCAGCAGCAGUUGAUGCCUUCUAGACCACAGAAUUUUAUCCAGGGAGUCAGAAACAAUUCUGGAAAUCAGUCCCAAAUCAGAGCUAUUACACAAGGCCGAGGCAGAGCAGUAUCAGGCCAGAUGGGCAGAGGCCGCUUGAUGCCAAACAAACAGAGCCCGCAAGUGGCAGAGCCUCAGCCAUGCAUCGUGUCAAUUGAAGGGCUUUCUUCGUCAACAACUGAUGUCCAACUAAAAAACCUGCUGAUGUCGGUAGGACCUAUUCAGAUGUUUCAGCUGUUCCCAGAACAACGGAAAGCCAUAGCAAAAUUCAAGAAUCCCCAACAUGCUUUAACGUUCCAACAACGAUUUCACAGACACAUGAUUGAUUUGUCUCAUAUUAAUGUGUCACUGAACGCUGGUUAAGAGAUCUCGUUGAAGCUUGAUGAUUCCAAAAGCAGAAGCAGAGUAGCGGCUGGAACUACAUGCAGAAAGCAUGCUUUGAAAAUCAAAUAACUUCCUGCGUAUAUAAUGUAGAUUUACAAAUUGAUGAGAUACCAGGAUUCUAGAUGCCCUUAUACAAGAACUGCCAUUUUUCACCCUAAGGAAAAUUCUGAACUGUUUAGCACACUCUCCUUUGUGGUGGUGUUUUAAAUCCCUGCUUCCUCAGUUUUAACUUUGUCAAGCUUUUGGUUGUAUAUAAUAAAAUUAGUGCAUAUUUACAUGACUGUAAAGGAUAGUGACUUAUGUUUCAAGUGACAUAAUUAACAAAGGAUUAAAUCAAGUCUUUAUGAUCAAAUUAACAAAGGUAAAAAAAUGAAUAAGACUUGGUAAUGGUUGCUCUUAUCUUCCAGAUAAUUUUAAUCUUUAUUUUAAAAAAGAAUGGCUAAUUUUAGUUAUGUGCUUUCCUUAUUAUUAAGUAGCUGCAGGUGAUCAUUGUGUAUCACAAAGUAAUUUAAAAAAAAAAAAAUCUUAAUUUUGUAUUUCACUUUGCGGUAUAAUGUUGUGCAUAUGUGAAAAAGAUCAUUAUUUUCCUUCAGUUAAAACAAAUAUUUGGUAUUCUUUUAACAGUUCACUAAGUCAUUUAUGGUGCAUUGAGAAAAAAAUUCUUAAUUCCAGAAUUAGUAAUCUAUUACAUUUAUUGUAAUAGUGUAUGGUUAUUUGUACAUUCUGAUAUUUGUAUAGCUAAUAUAAUGACUGUACCAUCACCCCCUUCUAGCCAGCUUGUAGAAAAUACUGACAUUUAACCAUGCACAAUCUUUAUAUUUGGCUCUUUAAUUGAAAAAAGAAAAACACUUCAUAACAGUAGUCUGUUGUUCGGGAGUGCAUAAUUUGCACAGAAUUCCAUUGUUAGCCACAUUGUGCCAUUAGAGACAGUAGGUUUGUAUAAUGGCAGAGUUGUUAGAGUUGUAUUGCAUAUUUGGGUAUAACCUUAGGAGGCUGAGAUUCUUAUUGUCACCUUUAACAUGUACAGUUGAUUCAUUUUUGCUUCACAAAGAGUUUUUUUUUUUUUUUUACAUUUUCUAGCUAGUAUCACAACAUAGACUGAAGAGUUGUGGUUUACCAUGUUUCAGCAUUUUAUACUUUUUAAUCCCUUAUAUUCUUUUGUCUGUGCGUGUGUUGUUUUACUAAAGCUCAACAUAAUAUACAUUAGAUAUGACCACUAUCCCACAUAAACAGGUACAUUUAAUGAGGUUUUUUGUUUCUAAAUACACCGUUUUACUUUUAUAUGCUUAUAUAGAUUAUGUACCCUGUGUUGUUCUUCAGUAAUACAAGAUAACCUGUAAAACGUUUCUUUGUAUUAUUCUAGCAUUGUCAGAUAAAACGUAGGCCUGUCAGUGAAAGUAAACAUUUUUACUUAUACAGUUGUUGCUAAUUUUUGUAGUUAAUUGCCUAUUCAUUUCCUCUUAGUUUUGUCUUAUUGUUCUUGUGAUGAAGGAUUCCUUUUUCAUUUAAGAAUACAAUUUGUACAAUUAAAUAACUUUAUAUUUCCCCAUCACAUGAAAGCUGUCAGAAAUGUUCAGUAUUUUUUGUGGAAAUACAGUAUUUUGUAAAUGCUGUCUCCUUUCAUACUUGAGCAUCAUAAUGGAGUUUUGUUUUUGUUUCUCUGUUUAAUCAGUAAGUGUUGCAGUAUUUACUUUUCUAGAUUUCAUCAGUUUAUGUUCACUUGGAUGUUUUGUGUCCUGUUUACAUAAUCAGAGACAUUUUUAUAUUUUUUUGAUAGCAUAAUGUUGAGUUUUAAAUAUUGAAUACAGUUUAGUUUUAAGCUUUUGUUAAUUUACAAAGAUUAAUUUUUACGUGUUUUGUUUUUUAAUUAAACGCAGUAGCCUUUUUUAACUAAUACAUCCUUUGUCUCAAUUUUAGAAAUUGUAUUUUUAAUUCAGAAAAUUAGUCCAUUGGUUACUAAAUGUGAAGUUGGUGUGUACCUAUGUUUUGUAUGUGCUAGUACAGUUGUUUGCACAGGGACUCGCUGACAUUUACUCAGGUGUAAUUUUUUAUACCGUUUUUAGCCUGCUAUUUCAGACAUGUUUCAAGUAUACAGGACCCCUGGUGGUGAUCUGGACAAAACUGCUAAUUUUUUGGGUAGUGCUUAAUGAUAUAUUCUGUAAACUACAGUGUUAAAAUGAAUACACUGCAAAUGUGCAGUGUAGUAUUUAUGUCAAACCAAUAUACAAAAGGGAGAAGCUAAUUCACACAACUGCAGCACACUGUUUGUAAUGGAUAACUUUUUUUGCUGUUUCCAUUUUUGCAGAAAUAAAUGAUAAAAUAGUAUAUCUGAUCACAGCAGUUCUGACCACAGUCUAGUGUUUUGUUUUGUUUUUUUUUUGUAAAAUUUGCAUAAUGAUUCAAGCAUCAAUGUCCUCAAAUUUAAAUGUAUCUGAUAAUUUACAAAUUGAUCAAAACUUUACUUGGGGAAGCAGUGGAAGUGCAAUGUGAAAGGUUCUCUACUUUAAAUUUUUCAUUGCAUUUUCUAAAUAUUUCACUUUAACAUAGCUUUGCUGUCUUAUUCUGUUCUCACUCUUCUGCUGUUUAAACUUGCUUUGGGUUGUGGGAUUUGGGGUAGUGUGGUGAGGGUAUAGAUAAACUAUACUUAUAAGAAUUUUUUCCCUUUUAUUUUAAGAAAUCUGACCAUUACGUAAUAAUUGUGUAUUUUUGUUUGACAAUUUUUAAAAGUCAGUGUUAGUCUUGCUGACUUUGCUGCCUUCAUGUGGCAUCUUCUCCUCUAGAACACACUGUCCAACAUAUAGAGCCUAACAUUGAAUAGAAACUUCAAAAAAUCUGUUAAAGCCAUCUUUUAAACUUUUUGUAUAGUAAAAAAAAAACAAAACUUAAAAUGUAUUUACUAUGGAAGAUUUGUGGCAGCCAUUAUCACCUUAUUCAUGACAGACAUAUUACAUUUGAGAAAUGCUUCUCAGUUAUGUUGUAUAUAAAACUUCAUCUGCUCAUUUUUUCAACUUUUUUGAUUUGAGUUACUUUUGGUGUAUAUUUAAAUAUAGUGAAUGCAUUGUCCUUCUGAUAUUCGUGCUGUAUGUACCUUUACCUAAAUUUUUAUAAAGAUUGUGUGUCAAGACGUAUAUUUCACUUGUGAAUUAUUUGUACCCAAGUCUGCUUUUCUUUGACUCAGGUAUAAGCAUUUUUGAGUAUGUGGAGCCAAAUGCGUGUUUUUUGUUUGGUUGUUUUUAUGGUUUUUUUUUUUUUCCUUUUGAUUUCUUUUAUUUUUGAACAAUACUUUUUAGCAUUUCUUCUUCUCAUUUCUGUUAACUCUUGGAUAGUCAGACCAGAGCAUUCUUAGAAUCAUUUCAUUCUAGGCUGGUGCAUUUCCCAAGCAGUUUUUUUUUAGAGACUUUUGUUCUGCAUGAUUAAUUUUUUUUCAGAACAUUAAGCAAAAUUAUUUGGUCAAAUCUCAUAAUUAUAAUUUAUAUUAAAAUGGUGUAUUGGCUGAUAAAUGCAGAAUGUGUCUUUUUUUCCUGUAUUUUGCCUUCCUUAACAUUUCAAUAAUAUAUUUUUUUAUAUAUAUUUUUUUUCAUUUCACCAACAUUUUUGGAAGUGCCUAAGAUACUUCUUUAUAUUUGUCCUGAUUACUUUUCAGGACUGGAAAUAUACUGUUAAGUCCUUGUUCACAUAAUUAUUUCCAGUUAGAUUUGUCAGCUUUAACCUUAUAUUUUAUUAUUCAUUAAUAUUUAGAUGAUCAGAUAUUAAUAUUUUCUGAAUUGGCAUUUACCAUCUUGUGUAGUUAGACGGAGAUGUUUGGGUUUAAUUACCUAAACCUUUUAUUCCCUUUUUUCUUUAUCUUUACUUAGUUGUCUUUCUUUGAAGUUCUUUUUCCUCAGAAUGAAACAACAAUGACCCCCUCACCUGUGUUGUUCUUACUUUAUUGUAUACAGCAUAGAGCUCUAAUUAGAAAACAAAGAUCUUUUAAAAUGACCAUGUUUAUUCUGACUCAUUUAUGUGUCAAUGUGUAGAUGAAGGGAUUGCAUUUUCCUAAGUAUUUUACCAGAAAUGAGAAAUGCACCAGUUGUUUUUUGGGAUAUUUAGUAGGAUUAAAAAUGAAUUAAGAAAUUCUAAAAAUUACUUUCCAAAGCUGGUCUUGAAACAUUUCUUGACAGGAAAAAAAUUCUGUGUGGCUUUUUUUUUUGUUUUAUUUUUUUAAUAAAUGAGUGGAUUUUCUUUUAAGUGUUAAAAUAGUUCUGUUGCAUGUCAAAGUGUACAUUUUAGUUUAUUAUCUCAUGAGGGGUGGGGGGGACUCUAACAUUAUGGCUUCACAUACUCUGUUCUUCCCAAUAUCAUGAAAUUACUGCUUACUAUGAGAAAAAUUCUUAAAUACUUUGUGUUCCAAUACCAUCUGAAAGAUUUGCAUUCAUAAAUUGUUCUGUACUGUUAGGUGUGUUUUUGCUUUGUAACUGACUAUGAAAUAAUAAUUGCAGAGUUUUUAUUUUUUUUAAUAUUUGAUCCUCUCUCCAUUUCUGCCUUAAGCAAUAGGUGUGAGGACAACAAACAGUUAAAUGCUUUUGUAAUUAGUAAUGUUGUUUUUGUCCCUUAUUAUGUAUGUGCCAUAUUUAUUACAUUAACCACGUUUUUAUCUUGUUUUAAGUAUUUUAAUCCAAUGGAUUACAAAUAUUCCUUGUUAACAUUAUAAGGUUAGUUGCCUUUCACUAUUGAUAUUAAUAAGCAUGUGCUUAUAUUCAAAACAGAUUCAUAGUGAAUCUUCUUUGUAGCUUCUUGGAGCAUUUUAGAGAGCAUGGUUGGGAAGGAUCAGUACCUGCCACAGCGGAAAGUCAUUUAUUUUUUAUUCUAGUGGUAGUAAGAUGUAGACUUUACCAUGAUGUUUCAUUUUACCGUUUAUAUAGUAAGCCAGCAUAGUUAUUUUAUAUGAAAGAUUUCUGGUGUUUUCAUUUAAAGAGAAUGUGUUAUAUAUGUGUUAUUACAGUUAACUUUUGUUAACGAAGUGCCUAUAAGUAACUUAACAGAUGUUAUCUAUGUAAGCGUCUUUGUACAAAUUGAAUAUUUAAGAUUUGUUUAGGUUAGCAUACUUCUAAGUAUAUUUAUUUGUAUUGUUUAACACCAAAUUUUAAACCAAAGGCUACAUGCAGUGGAUGAUUUGGAGAAAAAUGAUUAAUUGAUUUUCCUUUUCUUACAGAUGACAUUAAUAUUUUUGACUUUUCCUUUUUAAUUUCCACAGGCUAAUUUUUAACCACCUUGAAGUUAUGAAGCCAUCUUAAGAAUGAAUAACUUUUACAUUUAACCUGUUUUGUAAUUUUUUUUCCCUCAGGUGGUCUUGGAUUUGCUUGUCUUAUUAUAAUAAUUAAUCCUUUUCCAUUUCAAUUAAGGUUUACAUAGAGUCCGGUUUGGAAGAAUACGCAGAUUUUUUUUUCUGACCUUUUCUUCUUUUUCUCUUAGAUUUGUGAAGCACAGACGACAUUUUUUAUUUUCUUUAUUAAGUCCAACCUUUUUGAUGAUGCUCCAUCUCUUUUAUGGUUAUAAAUGUGUGUUGGUCUCUUUUAUCUUGUUCUGAUGUUAUUCUUCAAUAAGAAAUUAUACUUAUGCUAAGUAUAUAAAUGCACUUAUGUGAACUUUGCAGUUUACCUGAUUUUUUUAAUGUUUAUUUAGGUAAUUGCUUAUCUGCACCACUUCCUGACCCAGUAACUUGGUCCUUCCUAACCAGAAAUUAUAUGUGAGAGGGGAAAAGUGUGUGAAGGUGUAUAAAAACUGUGCUCUGAAGACAACUAAAAACUGUUUUUUUAGUAAAUUUGAUCUGGGAUUUUCAAGUGUAUUUUAAAAUCAAUUGAUGAAGGUUGGCAUAGCAGAGACUCUGAAACUGCCAGUUUCUGAUCUGAUGUAUUUCAUCUUCCACUACUAUAGUUUCGCCUCAUUUGAAAACACAAAAAUAUACAAAACCUUGGAGUUGCAGUUUUUCAAAGUUAUAUUUGACAAAAAGAUAGUUUCAUAUGUACAAUAUUGUGAGAAAUGUAAAUGUGAAUGAUUGUAUCGCUUUUUCAGCAUUGUGUUCAUUUCAGAUAAUUUAUACUUGUCACUGAAAUGUUGAAAGCAACUAAAGAAACAUGUUUUGAAUAAAACAUUUAAAAU